AUGUCUGCCUUCAAGAUUGCUUCCAUACUCGCCGCUGCGCCGCUCGCUCUGGCUUGCGUCGGCCAGGAUGCCAUGCCCUCGUCUACAGGCCACGAAAGCCUCAGCGAGCCUCGCUACAUCUCCCCUGGCGAGGUCUUUGACGCCGGCUUCGUGACCUACGACCGCGGCGUUGCCUGCACCGGCCAGUCCGAGGGUGGUGAGGCUGACACAGUCUUCGUCCUUGAGGAGGGUGCUACCCUUCGCAACGUCAUCAUCGGCGCCAACCAAGGCGAGGGCGUGUACUGCCUUGGCUCGUGCACGCUGGAGAACCUUUGGUUCGAGGAUGUCUGCGAGGACGCCAUCUCCAUCAAGGGUGACGGCACAGCCGACAUUAUCGGUGGUGGUGCGUACCACGCCGCCGACAAGGUUAUCCAGCACAACGGAUGUGGCCAUGUGAAUAUCUACAACUUCUACGCCGAGGACUACGGCAAGGUCUACCGCUCCUGCGGCAACUGCAGUGGCAACUGUGCCCGUUCUGUCCACAUGGAGGGUGUGACGGCCGUUGACGGUGGAGAGCUCAUGGGCAUCAACCCCAACUUGGGCGACACGGCCACCUACAGCAACAACUGCUUCCCCAAGACGGAGUGCCAGGCUUAUGUGGGCUGCGACAAGUCCAAUGGUGCCUGCGAGCCCGACAAGGCUGGUCUUUGCUGA